GUCAACCUCCUUUUAAAAGUGACCAUAGCAGUUCUCCAUUCAAACCCAAAGACUUUUUUAUUUUCUUUUUUUAAAAAACCUUAUAUAUACACACAUUAAUAACUUCAAGAGAUAAGCUACAAACUACAAAGUCCCCACCAAGCAUAUACAACAAACACACACACACUCUUUUCUUGUUGUGGUGCUUCUCUCCUUAUUCUCUCUUUCUUCUUCAUGUCUGUUGAACCUAAGGAACUUUACUACCAGGACCUUGUCCUAGACCACAAUAUCAUUAAUAAUCAGCAUCAGGGCACAGAAGCAGGAUCUAAUACUACUAUGUACGAAAAGCACUUUUCCUCUACCUUAAUUCCUUCAGUUUCAGCAGCAUAUGAUUCAUCACAAGCCUUUGAUCCCUCUUACAUGAGUUUCACUGACUGUUUGCAAGGAAGCAUGGACUACAACUCACUUGCAACUUCUUUUGGCCUUUCUCCUUCCUCAUCUGAGGUUUUUUCUUCUGUUGAAGGGAACCAAAAGCCAGCAGAAGGAGGAGGAGAUGGUGGUGGUGGUGGUGGUGGUGGUAGUGGUGGCAGUGAAACCCUUGCGACCCUUAACUCUUCUAUCUCUUCUUCAUCUUCUGAAGCCGGGGCUGAGGAAGAUUCAGGAAAGAGCAAAAAAGAAAGGCAAGUGAAAACUGAAGAAGGAGGAGAAAACUCUAAGAAAGGGAACAAGGAGAAGAAGAAAGGAGAGAAGAAGCAAAAGGAGCCAAGGUUUGCCUUCAUGACCAAGAGUGAGGUUGAUCACCUUGAAGAUGGAUACAGAUGGAGAAAAUAUGGACAAAAAGCUGUCAAGAAUAGCCCUUACCCAAGGAGCUACUACAGGUGCACUACACAGAAGUGCACAGUGAAGAAACGCGUGGAGAGGUCAUUUCAGGACCCAACCACUGUGAUAACAACGUAUGAAGGUCAACACAACCAUCCGGUCCCCACUUCUCUCAGAGGGAAUGCGGCCGCAGGAAUGUUCACACCCUCUUCUUUGCUAGCCACACCAACUCAUCCACUCGCAGCCGGGUCAAACUUCCCGCAAGAUCUCUUCCUUCACAUGCAUUACCCUCGUCACCACCACCAAUAUCAUCACAUUCACAACAACCUCUUCGCCACACAAUCCAUGACAAAUGCUACUACUGCUACUACUACAACCACCACUGCUACCAUCGCUCCGUCCUCGUUUUACUCUUCCUAUAACAACAUUAACAACUCUCUUCUUAACAACCAGUUUCUUCCUCCAGAAUACGGCCUCCUUCAAGACAUAGUCCCUUCCAUGUUACACAACAAGUCCCAUCAUAACCAGAAUUAAUUGAGAUCCAUCCAUGCAUAUUGCAUAAUGUACUCACUCUCUUUUUCUUGCUAUAUACAUAUUUAUAUAUUAUCAUAUUUUAUUUAUAUCUAUCUAUCUCUCAAUAUAUCGGUUUUUUGCCUUGUUUAUGGGCCACUUUGUAUAUAUAGUUAAUUUGAUGAAGAGAUAGUUCUUUUGUUUAGUUAUGUGAUUCUGACUCAUCUCACAGUCUAGCCUGCUUUGUUUCGAAGUGGAAUAGUUAGCUUGACAUCAUGAUCUGCUACAUAUAGUGGGUGGAGACUCUGGUUUAAAGGAACAUUAAAUCAUCGGGUACGUGUUUAGAGGGGCAUUAUUAUUAUAAUUACUUGUUAGAAACAAGAUCUUUUUUCAUGUAUAUUAGUCAUGUGUAUGCAUGCAGCCCAUUUGGGAUUUUCGCAUCCAAUGGCUAGUGUAACGUUAUUGAUCUGAUUGAAAUUAAUAUUACUUGAUGAGUUGGAGGACUUAAUUUGUUA